AUGUGGGCAGCGGAAGAGGUCAUGCAGACGGCCCAACAAGAGGAUGCGUUGGAUACUCCAGAACUAACUUCUGGGGAGUCCAGCGAGGCGGAAACAGACUCUGAGGCUGACGAGGCUUAUCAUACCCGAGCCCCCGAGCUUAAAUUUCUUCCACUUUCGAAACCCUGGGAUGAAUAUGACGAGGAUAUGGAGGAUCUCUUCGAGUGGAGGGAUGGAGUCAUGGCUUCCAACAAGAUCGAUGGGCCGGAGUCUCCAGAUGCCGUCAUGAACAGGGAAGACGGGAACAUGGACGAUAUGUUGGUUCGGACAAGGAACAUAACCGUGGCCGAUACCUACAAGGUCAAUCCAGAGCUUCUAGACAGUCCUGUAAUGAAUGGCGCAGGUACUAUGCUCCUGGAGAAAGAUGCGGAGUUUGACAGCAAGGCGUCAGACGUUCUAUAA